AUGGACACAAUUUUAAAGCUCCUGUUUUCUUCUGAGAAAGAAGAGCUGUAUCUUUUGGAUUGUCUGGCAUAUCUGAUGAUGUUCAUGGCUCUGUGCACGUUUUUUACUCUGCUCUUUGAGAAUGUACCCUAUGGCAGGUAUGCAUCUUGUAAAUAUGGAUUCCCUGUUCAUGUCAAAAUGGCAUGGUUUAUUCAAGAGCUUCCUGCAUUUCUUGUGCCUCUGAGUUUGGUACUUUGGACGUCAGCCUCGAAGACAGGGCAUCUGCCCAACCAGCUCCUUAUUGGCAUGUAUUUUUGUCAUUAUGUACAAAGGUCACUUAUAUAUCCCUUUUUAAUUCGGGGAGGAAAGCCCACACCGUUCGCAUCAUUUGCUCUGGCUUUUGUUUUCUGCAUCUAUAAUGGAUACAUGCAGGUUAGAUAUCUGAGCCACUACGCUGAGUUCCCCCCGGAUUGGGUUACGCACCCCUGCUUCAUCACAGGUUCAUUACUGUGGUUCUUUGGAUGGAUAAUAAAUGUUCAUUCUGAUCACAUCUUGAGGAACCUCCGUGCUCCUGGAGAAACGGGGUACAAGAUACCAAGAGGUGGGAUAUUUGAGUACGUGUCCGGAGCGAAUUUUUUCGGUGAGAUUGUGGAAUGGGCCGGAUUUGCUUUGGCUGCUCAGUCAAUCCACAGUUUGGCCUUCGCUGUCUUCACGUUCAUCGUUCUGUCCAGCAGAGCCGGAGCUCACCACAAGUGGUAUCUCGGGAAGUUUGAGGAUUACCCCAAAUCAAGAAAAGUUCUUAUUCCGUUUUUGUUUUGAUAAUGAUCAAACAACCAAAUGACAUAUUUAAGAGGCACUUGGGUGGCACGGCGGUCUAAAAUGCUAUACUGGCCGUGCGGUCAACAGACACAACUGGCCGAUUGGCCAUGUCCGAAAGAGUGGAGGAUGGAUGAAGUAUCACCUACAUGGUGCUGCAACUAGCGACAAGUGACAAGAGAAACGUGGUCCUCUGUACAUGCUGAGGCUCUCUGCUGGUUUUAAAAGGAACUAAUGCUUUCACCCUCUUUUAUCAUUAUUUUGUAUUCUUAUAUUUGUAAUGAAAAUACAAAUUAACAUUUGCUGGAAACAUUUUGCUAUGGUAGCUUUGUUAAUUUUUUAAAUAAAAA